AUCAGGCUGGGAUCGGGGCCUCGCCCAUUUUGGACGGGGCAUCGCCGCCAUCUGCAACGGGCCUCAACUCGUCAGGGUCAGGUACAACAUGAUACGCCAAUUCCCGUCGAUUGUGUCUGCAGCUCCCCUGCGCCGCUUGCUUGCUGCUGUCUUGGUGCUGGCUUCGGCGCUCAGAGCAUCAUCCCAAGAAGAGACUUGGCAGGUACCUGGGCUCUUGCACCGCGUGCCGAAAUUUGAAAGAAGCUGGGAUGGAAUCCAAUCAGAUACAGAAGCUGGAAGGAGGACGAAACGCAGUCACCUCCCGCUGUGCUCAGCCACCCAGUACGAAUGCGAUGACGGGCAGUGCAUCCCCUUCACCUACGUGUGUGAUGGCCACAGCAACGAUUGCCCUGGGGGCGAGGACGAACGGAACUGCGACAGACACAUUUGCAGGCUGGACCAGUACCGCUGCUCCAGCGGCAAAUGCAUUCCAGACUACUGGAUUUGCGACCUCAGCAAUGACUGCCCAGACGGGAAGGACGAGCAGAUCGAUUGCCAGACUAGGGUUUGUGCAGCUACGAAGUUCCAGUGCAAUUCAGGCGCCUGCUUGCCAUUGUCUUUUAGGUGCGACGGAGAAGUGGACUGUUCGGAGGGCGAAGACGAGGCGCCGCCUUGUAACAUCGUCGGAGGCCCGUGUCGAAGCGGCGAGUUCCGCUGCAACAACGGUCAAUGUUUGCCCCAGAACAAGCAGUGCGAUCGAAUUAAUGACUGCCCUUCUGGUGAAGACGAAUCACUCUGUCCAGACCACUGCCCGGGACAGUUCCAAUGCAACAGAGGAAACUGCAUCCCUCAGAUAGCUGUCUGUAACGGUGCAAGCGAUUGUGCGUCAGGUGAGGACGAGGUAAACUGCCCAGACAGGUGCCCCAACCAGUACGAGUGCACCGACGGCCAAUGCAUACCGCACCACAGGGUGUGCGACGGUCGGCAGCAUUGUGCCCAGGGGGAUGACGAGGCUUCGUGUCCCAGACCGUGCACGAGUCAACAGUUUCGCUGCGAGGGCGGCAAGUGUUUGAGCCGAGAGUACCUGUGCGAUGGCGUCCUGGACUGCACUCGGGGUGAAGACGAGCGGGGUUGCGCACCUUGCCGGGGCCAGUUCAACUGUGGGACGCAUUGCAUCUCCAACCGGCGGGUCUGCGACGGCCGGGUAGACUGCCCCGGUGGCGUCGACGAGGCCAACUGUCCUGGCGCCUGCGAGGGCAGAUUCCACUGCGGUAACCGGCAGUGCGUUGACCUGAGCCAGCGGUGCGAUGGCCAAGUGGACUGCGUUCACACGGGGAGUGACGAGAUGGAUUGCCCGAGCUGCCAGCAGGGCUUCCGGUGUGGCAACGGAAGAUGCAUACCGCCGAGCUCUGUCUGCGACGACGUCAGCGACUGUCCGCAGGGCGAGGAGGAGGUGGGUUGCCACAGGAGACAGCCGUGCGACCAAGGAGAGUACCGGUGCCUGAACAGCUACUGCAUCCCACAAAGGGGCGUUUGCGACGGCGUGGUGGACUGCCGCGAUGGGGACGACGAGUCAAACUGUCCAAACAGUCCGUGCACGGCUCAUCAGUUUCGAUGCCAAGACGGCUCGUGCAUCGCAACCGACCGCGUCUGCAACGGCCGUGUGGAUUGCCAAGAGGGCGAAGACGAGCGGGGCUGUCUGUGUUUACCCGACCAGAUCAGGUGCAGCGACGGUACAUGUAUCGACGACGGUCAGGUAUGCGACGGGCAUGUGGACUGCGCGGCUGCCGAGGAUGAACGCAACUGUCCGCCUCCAACCUGCCUGGUGGACCAAUUCCAGUGCCAGGAUGGGCAGUGCAUCUCCUCGGCGAUGGUCUGCGACCGCCAGCACAACUGCCCAGGUGGGGAGGACGAGAGUAAUUGCCCAGGGCCGGGCUGCCUGGUAAACCAAUUCCAAUGCAACGACGGCCGGUGCAUCCCAGUGGCUCAGAAGUGCGACAGACGGCAUGACUGUUCCGGUGGAGAAGACGAGCAGAACUGCCGGGUGUGUUUGGUUAACGAGUUCCGCUGCAACAACGGGAGAUGCAUCAUGUCCAGUCAAGUCUGUGAUCGCUUCGUCGAUUGCUCACUCGGUGAAGACGAGCAUGAAUGUGCUACUGUCGGCUGCCUCGCCAACCAGUUUGAGUGCCACGACCGCACAUGCCUCGCUUUGGACCAAGUAUGCAACGGUGUCAACGACUGUCCGACAGCGGAAGACGAGGCAAACUGUCCCAGUCGAGGGUGUCUUGACAACCAGUUCACGUGCGACGAUGACAGCUGCAUAUCUGCGACCAAAGUCUGCGACCGGGUUGUGGACUGCACCGACGGGGAAGACGAGCACCUCUGCCCCGGCCCCGUGUGCGACCUGAACCAGUUUGAGUGUAACGACGGCCGGUGUAUUUCGUCACGUCUGGUGUGCGACCAACAAACCCACUGUACCCAGGGAGAGGACGAGGUCGACUGCCCAGAAGAGCCCAGCUGUAUGCCCAACCAGUUCCGAUGCAACGACGGCACCUGCAUCAAGGCGUCCCUGGUGUGCGAUGGGAAGAAGCACUGCCCAACCGGAGAGGAAGAGGCAGAAUGCGUCCCACCAGAUCGGUGCCCGAAGCAGUACACAUGCCUGAGCGGUGCCUGCAUCACCCUGGACAAGGUCUGCGACAAAGUCAUCGACUGUCCGCGAGGCGAAGACGAGCUGGAAUGCUCCCUCCAGGGCAGCUGCGAUAACAACGAGUUCCGCUGUUCCUCGGGCAACUGCGUCCGAUCCGGGUUCGUCUGCAACGGUCGCAACGACUGUACCCGGGGUGAAGACGAGGAGGGCUGUACCGUGUUCCAGUGCCUGGGUAGGUUCGCUUGUCAGGACGGGUCGUGUCUGAAGCUCUCUCAGCUGUGCGACGGCACGUGGGACUGCCGCCUAGGGGAUGACGAGAGGAGCUGCGGUGGGGAACCAGAGCCCUGCAACGGAUACCAGUGUAAUACGGAUCAGUGCAUUCCAAUGGAAUCUCGCUGCAACGGGUGGUUGGACUGCUACGGCGGCGUGGACGAGCUGGGGUGCACUGUCGACCCAUGCCGUCUGCUCUUCUCCUGCGGUGACGGCUACUGCAUUAGCCCGGGCCUGAUCUGCGACGGACGCCAGGACUGCCUCAAUGGGAGGGACGAGCAUGGCUGUGACCGCGACACCUGCCUCGGCCACUUCAGCUGCGGAGGCCUGGGCGGGUGCAUCGCCGCCGUCCUGGCCUGUGAUGGCGUGGCGGACUGCCCUGGGGGGCAGGACGAGCUGGGCUGCCCGCGCCCAGAGUGUGGCGCCAGGCAAUUCCGCUGCAACGACGGCACCUGCAUCUCUAGCAGCCUGGUGUGUAACGGACGGUUCAACUGCGGCGGCAGCUCGGAAGAGGACGAGCUGGAUUGCCCGAGCCGCGGCUGCCAAGAGAACCAGUUUCAGUGCAGGAGCGGUACUUGCAUCCCCAGCAGCGCCGUGUGUGACGGGAGACAGGAUUGCCUGGCAGGAGAUGAUGAAGUGAAUUGCCCUCCAACUAACCACUGUCUUCGGGACCAGUUUAGGUGCGACGACGGCUCGUGUAUUCCGGUCUCUUGGCGUUGCGACCACCGCUUCCUCGACUGCCUGCACGGUGAGGACGAGCAGAACUGCCCCGGAGUGCCCCCGCCCUGCAUGGUGGACGAGUUCCGCUGCCAGGUGGGCGUGUGCAUCCCGGCCACCGACCGGUGUGACGGAUUGUACAAGGACUGCCCGUCCGGAGAGGACGAGGAGAACUGCCCUGUCAAAUGUGGGGCGUACCAGUUCAAGUGCGGGGACAGGUGCGUGACUAGCAGACAGAUGUGCGACGGCGUUAACGACUGUGCGGCCGGGGAGGACGAAAUUCAAGCUAACUGCAACGAGUUCUUGAACCUCGAUCAGUGUGACCCCAACUACGAGUUCGCCUGCUACGAUGGGUCGUGUUUGUACAGGAGCCAGAAAUGUGACAGUAUACCGGACUGCCCAUCUGGCGAGGACGAGAGACUGUGCAUCGACAACCAUGAAGGUGUGGUGCGCAGUCUGGGCCAAACACUGCAGUCGCUGGAGGAUAAGCUGUCGUCCAUUGAAGGCGCCCUCAAUCGAACAGCAAACGAUUCUUCGACUGACAGAUCCUCUGGUGCGACUGCUGAGGACACAAGCCGCAAGCGAAACUUCGUGAGGGCAUACGAGAAGCUGCGAGAGAAUGCGAGAGUGGAAGUUAAAGCCACGAAACGAAACACUGGAAACGACUCCCAGACCAACGUAGACCAAAAUGAAAAUUAGUAAAAUAUAAUUUCACUCAAAACUUUCUACAUUUAUUCAUUAAUUUACGAACAAGCGUCAAAUGUAUCCAUCAAAUAGUGAUAAAAAAUAGCUCCAACAUCUCGCAGCAUGUUUAUAUUUAUUUAUUAAAUUUCUGAAGCAUUAUGAUAGAUUUAUCUCGCAAGUAAAGAAGACUCAAACCUUAACGACACAAAAUGCUCAAAUUCAAGCAAUGGUUUUCAAAUUUGCCUUCGAAACGUUUCUAUUUAUGAAGUAUUCAGUUUUCAAAGGAAAUGAAAGGAACUAAAACUAUUAAUUGACUGCCAUGCAUUUUGUAAUAAAAAAAAACAAUUUUGAAUUCAAAUCAUCAGUUCACUGAAUAUCUUCAGAUUGAGUAACUAAUGGAAAAUAAACACUAUUUCCUACAAAAAAGAAUCUUGUGGAUCUUAAAAAUGA